AACAGUGACAAUGAAGCUCCGAGUCGUGUCAUCCUUUCUCAUUCUGGGCUAUGUUAGUGUCAGUGCACAGGACGAGUUCGACAUUCCACCUUUCCUGAAGUUGUGCCAUCAAAAGGAUUCUCAACUGAACGAAUGCGUGAAACGGAGCGUCGAGGCGCUGAGGCCUCACCUUAAAUCGGGUAUAGAAGCUCUCAACAUACCACCGUGCGAACCUCUCCGCAUACCGCAGAUCGAAAUUAGCCAAGCCGCUGGUCCCGUCUCGAUAAAUUCGGUUUAUAAAAACAUACGGGUUCUGGGAGGAACUGAUUUCGUUCUCAAAAGUGUCAAAAUCGACAUGGACAAGGACAGAAUACGAUUGAAACUGUACAUCCCUCGACUCCAAAUGGACUCGGACUACAGCUUGAGAGGGCGAAUCCUCAUGCUGCCAGUGAUCGGACGCGGCCAAGCCCGUGGAAAUUAUUCGGACAUCGAUGUCAUAGUGACGGUCCAAGGGGAACGUUAUCAAAAUUCUCAAACGAAUAGAACGCACUUCAGGGUGGCUGAAUUUUACGUCGACUUCGAUGUUGGCCACGCGAGCAUUCACCUGGACAACUUAUUCAAUGGCGAAGAGACUCUUGCCCAUGCUAUGAAUCUUUUUCUCAAUGACAAUUGGAAAACUGUCGCAGCCGAGAUGAAACCAGCCCUCGAAGACACCGUUUCCAACCUGUUCAAGGAGUUCUCCAAUAACAUUUACGCCAAAUAUCCCAUCGACGUUUUACUGCCCCCUUAAGACGUUUUUUUAUUCAUAGAGCUUCGCGUGAAACAUUUUUGAGGAAAUGUAGAAUAUUUUCUAACGACCUCGAACAGUAAACCGAUUUAGGCAGUUUCGCUAUAUUUAUUCCACAUUUUCAAAUUUUUGUACUUUUUUAAAAGUCAGCUUUUCAUCGGUUUUUGAAAAGUGUCUGUUACAAAACUAUCGACGCAAUGGUUAUUGACACUCUGGAAGGAUGAAUAAAUAAAAAGUCAAAAUAACAAAAAAAUUAAUUCAUCUUGACAGAAGAAGGAGUUCGAUUGAGAUUGCCAAAAAGUUUUUGAGUAAUUCUCCUUCGAAUAAAAGUGUAUAAGGAAAAGUAAGUAAGCAUAAAAAUCGACUAAUAAACGCUUCCGAAAACGAUGCCAAUUCGACAACGGUGGCGUAGCUCAUGAAUAAAAACAUGUAAAUAA